AUGUUUUGGCCCUUAGUGACCCCGUCUGAGUUGGAUAUCACCGAUCUCGUUAAUGGGGACUCGCUUAUCCAAAUCGCCACCCCGUCGGCGGAUCCUAGGACCCCAUUCGCGAUCAUUUCCAAGACCUCGAUCUACGUGGUUAACCAACAGCCGUUGACGAUUCUUGCCAGUCAUAUCCGGUCGCCUGAAUCGAUUGAGAGCUAUGGUUUCAACGUGCUGAUGAAAACCAUUGUCGAACCCCCAUCGAAGCUCCAUGCUAGCAGCAGUAGUAGUAACAGCAAGGUGUUGAUUGUGCAAACAGAGAAGAAUUACUUGAUGGUCUAUUCGAUCAAUGGGCCUACCGUCAAUCGCGAUUCAAAAUACGAGUUAUUGCAAGUUUAUGACAAAACCGGCUCGGAUCAUUUGAUCCAAGACGUUUAUCCUGUCGAUAAAACUUUGUCGUUUUUCAAUUUUUCCAGCUUCAGCGGUGGUGACACCAACCAAUACCGGAAUGAUAAGAUCAACGGGGUAAAGUUUUUGGAAAGUGAUUUCGAAGAUGAGACUACCAGGAUUUACGAUAGCGGGUUGAAGUUUCGGUUGGUGUUGAAAAUCUCUAAUGAUUUGAAGGGGUACCAACUAAUGCCUGAUGGACAUUUAUGUAUUAUCACCAAUAAGAAAAGCAAUGAGAAUUCACAAGAAGAAGAAGAAGAACAACAACAACAACAAAAACUGCCAUCAUCCGACACAAUAGCCAACAACUUGGCGAUCCAAACUAUCAACAUUAGAGGCUCCCAAGAAACCGUGAAAUCUUGCUUUAUUGAUGAGUUCCCAUGGUUCAACGAGCCAGACUUACAAUCAAUAAAAUAUUUCACUUAUAACGAAAAAUGGGACUUGUUUGCAUUCAUCACCAAUUCUGGCAAUUGCUGGAUGUUCAAAUCAACCAACCCCAAGAACCGGCUUGACUUCACCCAAACCACCGGGAACUGCGUUUAUAGACUCGGCAACGCUAAACAAGUGUUGGUCAAUGGCACGUUCAACCUCGUAUUAAUCGUCACUUCUAAUGAUGAUAUCUUCUACUAUAACAUGAACCAUACCCGACAAAAAUCACCGGGGUUCCAAAUCCAAUUGAUUAAAAAAUUCAAAAAACCCUUGAAUUCUAAGAAAAUCUUGCUGGUCAAGUUCUCGAAAUUGGAAAAUCUCCUCUUGGUGCUGUACAGUAAUGGAUGGUGUCUAUUAUCGAUUUUCGGGAACAUCAAUUUCUCGACCUUUGACUAUGAUGAUAAUUUGGGGAUCACCGGAGUCAACGCCUCCUCGGGAAACAACAACCGAAUGGGAUCGCAUAAUUGGUUCACCAAAGUGAAAGAUCUCGAUGUUUAUUGCAAUGACUCGUGUUUAUUGGUGAUCAAUGACUAUGGACUAUACAGUUUCAAACUCCUCAAAUGGAGCUGUCUUGAUGUACAAAGCGAUUUGAGUACUAAACGGCCGGUGCUCUAUCACGAAUCAAUGAUUUAUAUCUUCAAUGGGAUUGACGACACUACCGAGGCGUCGUCGAUCCCGGAAAUUAGCGAAACCACUAAAGAAUUGACCAAAGGGUUCAAUAUUCUUGAUAUCCCAAUAUACCGGUACAGUCUUGUUAAACCAAUAAAGAUGGUGUCUGUAUCGAAAAACGGGUUAAAUUUGGCAAUUUACGGCGGGAAUAGCUAUAAUUUCGACCGUGAUAUUGUGGAUAAUGCGUUUAAUGACACCAAUAAGAACAAUUUACUCGUUUAUAGCUUUGACACCAACACCUGGCAUCGCUUUAUUGACAGUUAUUACGAUUCGCUAAAUAUCGGGUGCAAUAUUUUAUGGUGGCAAAACGAAUACGUCUUUGUCGAUAAUUAUAACCCUGAUACCAACCACUACGAGAUUUUGAUGUUGAACGUUGGGAAAGUGUUCAAAUCGGUGGGCAAGUCAUCCCGAUCCCGAGCAACCAUGAAUAGUAAUGGACAUUCCAGUGAUCGAGGGAGAAAAGAUCAGCGGGUGGCUGACGAUGGGAGAAAUGACCCUGUCGGGGAGAUUGGAUCGGUGACGGAAUUCGAUUCCCAGUGUAUUAUUUGGCGGUAUGAAAUUGGACCAACUCCAGUGAAGUACAUAAAUUUGGAUAAUUCGCUCGAUGAAUUGAUCAUUAUGACCUCGGAUAUGAAACUUGUGAUUUUCAAACUUGACCAACAAACCGUGGGCAAGACAAAAGACUCCUCCACCGAUGAGAUGGACUCGGCUAACGAUUACAAAGUAUACCGGAAACAAGUAUCGAUUAAUCUUAUCAUCAAACUAUCGCUCAAGAAUUUACACAUCGACGUUGAUUCGCUCGGAAAUUUCAACCUCAUUAAAAUCAGCCAGUUUUCCAACGAUUUACUCAUGCUCGUCAACGGGAAUUUAUAUCUUUUGAGUCUUGUGAAGGAUGAAUCUGGCGAUCGGGCAGCGGUAUACUCGUACGAAAUGUUUUUGGUGUACAACAACAUUGAAUUUGUCAACAAGAUCAACAAUGAAUCGUUUUAUUUCUUCAACGGUGAUGAUGUAUUGUAUUUGGAUGAUUUGGACAUGCAAUAUAACAAGAAUCAUCUAGUCAGUCAUGGUAUUACUUCUGAGAUCACAACCCGAUCCGCAAGCAUGUUGGCGAAAAUCAAUAAGCUUCGAUCAUUGAAGAUAUCGAACUUUGACGAGCAAUUCUACCCGAUCUUCAUGAACUCGACAAAGAAUUACUACAUCACCGGGCUUACCGUCGACAUCGUGAGUAUUCUGAGAAGAGGUCAAGAUUUGUUAGGGGAACAGGAAAAGAUAUUGAAAUUAUUGACCACCAAGAAGUUUUUCCUUCAUGAUCUUAUCAGUUUCGAAUUGGAUAAAGUCAUCGUUGCUAAUGAUGGGGAAGUGAUGGAAGCGCAACUAGAUGCCAAGCUCGUCGAGAUUUUCGACAAGUACCACCAUUGCGGUAAUUUCGAAUACAGUUUGGAAAUGUUGUUGUACAUGGUGACGACAAAAGACAAUGAAAACGAUUCGCAUAGUAACACCGAUUUCAAACUCCGGUUGCUCUUGGUAUUAAUCAAGAAAUUGAAAUUGAAUUAUUUGAGCAUCAUUGCGAAAUGUCUUCGGAAGAUCGAGGUGGAGUAUUGGGACAGGGUAUUUGAUCAAUUGAAUUUAACCUCCAAGCAGUUAUUGCACGAGUGCAUUCGGAUCAAAGAUUAUAAAACCGCAGGAUACUAUUUGAUUAUUCUUUUAAGUCACAAGACCACCACCACUAUUGUUCAAGAAGAAGAAGAGAUCGACGAGAGUGAUAAGCAAGAAAUCAUGAGUUUAUUGAAGAUCAUGGUGGAGAACUUUGACGACCCAAAGUAUAAUAAGAACAAUGAGCUUUGGGAUAUGGCGAUUGAAUUGAUUAGGUUUUUGAAAGUUCUUGAUGGCAGUGGGGAGAUCUUGCAACAAUCGAUCACUUUUUUGAGUAGUGGAUAG